AUGAAGAUAGUAGAUAUAUUAGUUGUUUGUUUUUUUAUUUUAUCAAUAUAUUCGACAAUUGUUGACAGUCAACUUCCUCUCAAUUCUGAUGAUUUAGUUUCCAUUCGUUGGAUCGCUCAACAAUUUUCAACACCUUGGGAUAUGAAUGCAACUGAUUGUAAUAGUAUUCAAAAAUCAAUAAACAAACCAAGAAAUUUAGGUUUUAUUUGUAUCAACGACACUCUGAAUACAAAACAAUAUGUUUCAACUUUAGAUAUAAAUAUAGACUACACUGCUGUAGACAAUGGUUUUCCAAAUUCUUCGAUUACUCAAUUGAUUUUCCCAAAGAUCUCCGGAAUAAAUAUUAUUCAAAAGAAAUUAUUAAAAAAUCCUUCACUCAACAUUUUGAAACUGUUGGAUCAUUCAGAUUAUUCAAAUCUAUCUAUUAAUUCUAUAAGAGUUGGACUAACCCAACUAGCUUGGCUUAUUAGUUUUGAUAGUAUGAAUAUAACUUUCCCAAAUAAUUUUCCUAAUUUUAUUCAAAUUUAUUCAUUUGCUCUAUUGAGAUGUAAUAUUUCCAAUGAUGUCCCAAAUAAAGUGUUGAUCUCACCAACAAAUUUCAUAUAUCUCACAACAACAAAUCCUCCCCUUGUAGUGGAUUUAAAAGUAACUAAAAACUACACGUUAAGAAAUCUGUUUGCUGAUUUCACAACUUAUAGUACCUACACCUUUGAUGAAAGUGUCUUUCCAAGUUUAGUCUCCAUAAAUGCGGUCUUUUAUCUAAAGACAAGAGUUUUAACAGAAUUUGGAAUUUUUGAUCCUAUACGCAAUGGAACAGUAUAUAUAGACAGUACUUGUACAUCAUUACAACAACUAUCAAUUACAAAUCAAACAGUAUAUCCAUUAGAUUUAUCAGCGCUUCCAGUGUCAUCGUUUACCACUAGUAAUAAUAAUCAACUUUUUAUUUUCAAAAAGCAAUUAGUAUCAUUUACACGAAAACUUUACAAUGGACCUUUCCCAGAUGAAUCCAUGUUUUCCACUGCUUCUGUCCCUAUAGUAGAAGGAAAUAUUAUACCCGCAACAACACUUCCAUUAUACAAUAAUCUUACAAAUCUGGUAAGCAUAUUGGUUAGCUCAAGUAGUGUCUAUGGGCCUGUUCCAGAGAGAUAUUGCCAAUUGACCGUCGUGGAUUUAUCUGGUACAAAUAUUAGUUCAAUUCCAGAUUGCUUUAAAUGUUAUUGGGAUAAAUUUAAAGAUAUAUUUUUGGAAAGGAAUGUUUUUCAUUAUCAACCAUCAAUCACAAUAAGAGGAAAAAACUUAGGAUAUACUUCGGAACAGCCAAGUCUUUUUACUAUUCAAGUUCCAAAUGAAAUGAUAGUAUUUACUCCCACAAGCCCAAUUGGAACAUUUAAUCUUAUUUUCAAAACAUAUCAAGGAAGUCAAACUAUACCUAUAUCAAUAAUUACUGGAAAUUAUAUUAAAAAUAUCUCUUAUAUACAGCUUCCAAAUAGUUUAACAAUAAUAUUGAGUGGUUUAUUUAACACUUCCUCAAAUAUUAAAGUUAUCCUUGAUUCUUAUAAUUAUCAGGUAUUGGGACUUAAUGAAGAAUCAAUAGAAAUGGCAUACGAUCAUGUGUUUGAUGUCGAUAAAAUAUUGAAUAUUCGAUUCGAUUCUACAUCAGAUGUUUUUAAUCUAACUUUAGAUUAUAAAAAAGUGUAUCCAUUGAUAUCAGCCAUUUCAAAUAUUAAAAGUGAAGGAGGAGUCAUCAGUCUAUUUGGCUAUUUUGGAGACAAUGGACAAAAUAAUAUUUCUGUAUUGAUAAACAACAAUUCAAGUUGCACUGCUAUAUCUCAAUCAAAUUCCACUAUUGUUUGCAAUGCUGAUAAAUUACCUGUUGGUAUAUUACCCAUCAUUCUAAAAGUUGAUGGAUAUUCUUUUUCUACAAAUAUUAAAGUUGGUCAGUAUAAUCCAGAAGAAGUAUCGGUUGAUUGUGGUAGUUCUAAACCAUUAUGUAAUGGAAAUGGUGAUUGUAAGGCAACCGGUGUUUGUCAAUGUAAUUCUGGAUUCAAUGGAUAUUAUUGUGAAAAUAAAAUAUUUGAAGGAGGUGUUAUUGGUGAAAAUUUAACAACUCCUACACCAACAUUUAGAGCCGAUGGUCAAGAAUUUACAUUCAAUAUGUUAGCAGUCGAAGAAUUAGAUUCAUCAAGAAAAGUUGUAAAAUCGAUUCCCACAAACAAUUGGAAUUUCACCACAACCAAAACAACAACUACAACCAUUUCACAAUAUAGAUUGAUACAUUCGUCGAUAGAAAUCAUCGAAGCAACAAUUCAAUACUCAUCAGAACCAAUGAAUAUAGAAUUUGCAGGAAUGUCUUAUGUUCUUCCACCAUAUUCAAUUAAACUCUCAGUAUCAAUCGAAGGGUGGACCUAUCAAUCGCUUCUUAGCACUUUAAGAGUAGUAUUUUCAACAGCAUUCGAACAACAACAAGAGUGUGGUGGCGAAAAAAAUACAAUUUCAACAAAUCAAAUCGAUAAAUCACUCAAUUAUCUCAAGAUUGUAAAGAAUGGAGUAUCAUUUUACGGUAAAUUUUAUGAUGUCUCACUUUCUGAUGGACAACCAACUUAUUCGUUUGUAGAGAUUGUCAAUGGUGAAGCUAACACUUCAGAUAUUUCAAUUGGAAUCAAUCUAAGUCAAUGUCAGAGGUGUUUAAUAGAUCCAGAUUUCUCAUUGUUGGUCGCCAUUCAAGACAAAUGUGAAGAGAAGAGCAAAACAUGGAUCAUUAUAACUAUUGUGGUUGUAGUUGGAGUUUUUGUUGCAGCACUGCUAGUGGUUGGUGCAAUCUAUAUCAAAAAGCACAAAUCUAGUAUUAAAGUAAAGUUUGAAAUUAUGCUUGAGAGGUUUGAAAAAAAUAAAUAA